AUGGCCGUCAACAAGGAGGAGCUGGAGUUUCUUGAAACAAGAAAGCUGCUUAAAGAACAAAUCCGAAAACGAAACUGUUCUCAUCAUCUCUCGGGGCUGUCUAAUUCUGAUCGUCAUAAAACAAAAACUUACGGAUCAUUCUUUGGCCCUUCUCAACCGAGUAUCGCUCCAAGAGUUAUUCAAGAAAGCAAAAGCAAGCUACAAACCCAGAUGCCACAACAUAGAGCAGUAAGUGCCGAUAUCCUUCUUUCUGCAAUGGACAAUCGGACCAAAGUCCAAAGGCUUCGACAGACAAGAGACUACUCUUUCCUGUUCUCUGACAACAAUAAUGAUCUGACGCCACCAGUUUCUAGUGCCACCCCUGCACAAGCAUCGGUGCCUUCAACAAAGCACUACGCAGAUGUGAAGGGAUUAAGAAAAUGCAAUGACCCUAAAUUGAAGCCGAAACAGCCAGCCUUGGCAUGUCCAUUGAAGCCUCUCACAAGCGAGCGGGUAAUGGAGAAAAUCCCAUCGCGUAUGUCCUUGCAAUAUCAAUGUACAGAUAAAAGAAAGCCUAUAGUCAAAGCAGUUCAUCCAACAAAGCAGUUCGCGGGUUGCAACGAUAGCAAGGGACCACAAAGACCCAACGAUGCAACAUUGAAUCCCAAACAGCCAAUGAAGCCACAUGAGAUGACAAACAAGCGAGUACGCGACAAUAUUUCAUCGCCUGUCUCUAAUUUGCAAGAUCAUCGUCCCAAGAAAAGAAGGCUUUCAGAUGAAGAAGAUGAUUGUGAAGAUGAAAAGGCUCUUCUCAUAAUCAGAAAAAUGUUCAACACCAAAAGGUUUGCUGGUCGUGACGAUAGAGAUAUAAAAAUGGAGGCAAGCUUUGGAGACAUAACGAAGGAAGAAAAAAGGAGUGAAAGGCUUGGCAGGAAAGAAGAUCGAGAGCAACUCCGCCUAUUAGAAGAAAACGCGAGGCGUCAGAGGAUGAGGAAGCAUAAUCAAGGAACAAAAUUUUUGAUAUAGGCCUACGUUAGAUAUGGCUAGUUCACGGUUCUUGAUUUUGAAUCUGUACCUUUUUCUUUUAGUAACCUGUUAUUUUUAGUUAAAACAGCAAGAUA